GCGCCGCAUCCGUUUGCCGCUUCGGUUGUUCGGGUUCACCACUAACUGUCGUUCGAUUCGGUUGGCCAUAUGUAAUUGAUCAAGCAUAUUUUGGAAAUAAUCGAUACAACUGUUGUGUACGAAAAUUUUCACGUCCUGGACGAUAAAGUAUCUAAUUUUUUUGAYGCGUCUUGAGCGCGUUUUACCAACAACUGUGGAAAGGACUCGCACAUAAGGACUCUAGAAAAAGUGGUAGCAGGAUGUUGAUGUUAAAGAUACUCUUUAUGACAACUGUAUUUGCAUUAUCCGAAUGCGGAGUUAUUGGUCCAUAUGCAGGUCAUUAUGGACCCCAUGGUCUUGAUGGUCCGGGACCGUUGCACUAUGCCGCCUAUGCUGGUCCACAUGGAGGAGCUGCAGUUCCASUGCCAUAUGUAGCCCCGGCACCGAAACCGGCUGCUCCCGAACCAUACGACCCAGCACCGAAAUACUCUUUCGGCUAUGACAUUCAAGAUGGUUACACUGGCGAUUUGAAGAGCCAACAUGAAACUCGUCAUGGCGACGUUGUCAAGGGCAGCUAUUCUGUAGUUGAUCCGGAUGGCACGAAACGUACAGUUGAUUAYACCGCUGAUCCGCAUAACGGUUUCAAUGCUGUAGUUCGCAAAGAACCUAUUGCAUAUAAGACCGCACCCAUUCCACCGGCAYCAAUUGGCCCGGCAGUACCUGUCAAGGCACCGGCACUUUCAUAUCCCUUAGCACUGGCUCCGCUAGCGCAUGGUCCCGCACCCCUCCCAGUACCCGUACCCGCUCCACUGCCUGCCGCAYCUGCUGGACCCCACUACGCUGCAUCAUAUCCAGCUUUGGCGCACAGUAGUGCUUACGCGAGUUAUCCACUCGCCGCUGAUCCACAUCACGGACACUAUUAUCCACACUAAGGUUGACGAGCUCAAGGCGACUACUUCGGAUUAUAGCUCUAUUACUAUGACUUGCUCAUUAAAUAUUACAUAUGUAUAUCGAUAUAUUUUCUUGCUUGCAUCUAUCAGCUACCUCUUAUAUCUUUUUAUAAUAUAUUUGCAUAAUCACUUACUUAAUUACUCACAUAUCCCUUCAUACAUACAUAUAUGACGUAUGAAGUUAUAAAUAUUUGUAUUUUUGCGCAUCGGUUUUAUUGCUUUUGAUUGCUAAUCGCUAUAUUAACUUAGUUUUUAUUCUGGCACACUUAAAAUAUUUUAAAUAAUCAUAUACAUAUAUACCAUAUAUAAUAGAGAUAUAAACAUGAAUAACGGUUCAUUCAGUAAAGUAAUUACAUACAUAUAAAAAUAUACAUACUAUUACCCUGAGUAUAGAAGGAAAGGCGUACUUACAUUUACUUUAUGCAUUACUCUCUUAAUAUUGCUCUCUUAUGUAUUUUCAAUUACAAUGUUAGCAGUAUGAUUACAUUAGAAUUAAAUUCAAAACGUGUGUGUUGUUGUUUUCUAAGCAUUAGAUUCUAUUUUAUUUACAAACUUGUUUUUCAAACAUAUUUACAU